GCUGUCGCGUGCGAUUGUAGUUUUGGCGGGUGCUGUCAUCCGGUGCGCGCUGCACUUGAGUUUGUGGAGAAUGAACGGAGAUGAUGCAGAUGUUAGCGGUACAUGUGAGAGGUUGUCACAAGAUGAGGCUCUUCGAUACAGCCGGCAGAUGAUUUUGCCAGAAAUUGGAUUGAGUGGUCAGGAGAAGCUGAAAAGCUCAUCUGUGCUCAUUGUUGGUGCUGGUGGUCUGGGUUGCCCAGCUGCAGUGUACCUGGCUGCUGCAGGGAUAGGUACUCUGGGUGUAGUGGACCAUGAUGUGGUGGAGGUCAGCAACCUGCACCGGCAGAUACUGCACACAGAGCAGCGGCUCAACACAUCCAAGGCCAGCUCAAUUGGUCAGGCAGUCAACAGCUUGAACCACCACGUCACAGUGGUGCCACAUCAGCUAGUGCUGGACAGCACCAAUGCUGCAGACCUGGUGCGUCGGUACCAGGUGGUGCUGGACUGCACGGAUAACGUGGCCACACGCUACCUGCUGAACGACGCGUGCGUGCUGGCCGGCCGGCCGCUCGUCUCCGGCAGCGCUCUGCGCUUCGAGGGCCAGCUCACCACCUACAACCACGCCGGAGGCCCGUGCUACCGGUGCCUGUUCCCGACGCCGCCGCCGCCAGAGACGGUGACCAACUGCUCGGACGGCGGCGUGCUGGGCGUGGUGCCGGGCGUCAUCGGCUCGCUGCAGGCGCUCGAGGCGCUCCGGCUGCUGGUGCCGGGCCUGAGGUCGGCGCACGCGCGCAGUCUGCUGCUGUUCGACGGCCUGGCCGGCCAGUUCCAGUCAGUGCGCCUGCGCGGUCGGCAGUCGGACUGCGCCGUGUGCGGUGACGCGCCGACCGUCACGCGCCUCGUGGACUACGCGCAGUUCUGCGGCGCAGCGCCCACCGACAAGGAUUCUGGCGUGCGGCUGCUGACGCCCGAGCAGCGGCUGACGCCGCGCCAGUACCAGCAGCUGUCGACGCCCGCUCUGUUGGUGGACGUGCGCGCAGCCCCCGAGCUGGAGAUCUGCCGACUGGCCGAGGCCGUCAACGUACCGCUGGCGACGCUGCGCUCGGAGGAGGGCCGUGAGACGGUGCGCCGCGCGGCCCUGGAGCGGCGCGGCACCGCCGACCGGGUCACAGUCGUCACGCUGUGCCGGCGCGGCAACGACUCGCAGCGCGCUGCAAAGCUGCUGCAGACCCAUCUGGCGGACAGUCCGGAGUUUGAGGUUCGAGACAUUGCCGGCGGACUGUAUGCCUGGAAGGACGAAGUCGACCCGACAUUGCUCCUGUAUUAGAUACCUGCCCCAUCGCGGAGGUGCUUACUGAUACUGUUAACACUAUUUUAAGAGCUUACUUUACAUGGUGUUGCUUGCUGAGGGGGCCAAACAUCAGCUGUGCUGCUAAGAGAUGGCUGCUUGAAUGGGCAGGUGUUCGACGUUUCGUCUGUCUGCAUCAGCGAAGCAGCAUCAAAUAACGGGUAGGGGAUGCGUCCAGUGGCGGCCAUGACAGCACCGCAGUUCAGGUAGCGUACAAACGUCUGUGGCUCUUGUGAGACCCGAAAGCGCGUCGUUGUCUGCCACUUGGAAGCUCAUCUUUUUGGGGCUGGUCUGGUCCCGACACAUUCGAAGGAUUAGUUGGUCCGAGAAUGCCCAGUUGUUCCACCAGUCUGGGAGGGGAUACUGCCGUUGCGCUGCGCAUUAUAUACAACGCGCCCCAUCUUCUGAUGGCGUGGGUUUCGACCGGUGUUAUCAAGAAUGACUUAACCUUCCGAGUGCUUUCCAUGUACUUUUUCUUGGUGCACGUGUUCCAAGGGCUGACACACUGGGAUUUCUGAAGGGAAUAUUUUACCUCGGCAUAUAUCCAGCCUUCAUGAAUACAUCACGAUCUGCGGUCGUCUGUAAGCCUCGCUCAACUACAUCAAGCAGACACGAUGUCGAUGGUAAUAUUUUCGAUUCAAAGAAAACUACGGACAGAGCAUGCAACACUAAUGAACGGUACUUGGUGAAUAAAGGCGUUGACACUGUC